UGGAGCGUGAGUCGUAAUGAGCGCGCGGAGUUUAGAGCGUUAGUCAGGGAGUGGGGUUCUGGAGCGUGAGCCGCAGUGAGGGAGCAAACAGACGGUGGAGUUUUAAAAUGGAUCAAGAGGUAAUUGCAAGGCUGUCUGUUAAACUAAGGAUCGAAUCGAGGAAAGUGAUCCGGAAAGCGGAAGAAUACUUGCGCCUGUCAGAGGUGAAGUGCACAGGAUUUUCUUCUCACAUGACAGCAACCAGCUGUGCAGUGAUGUGCCUUGACCUUGCAGCAACUUCUCUUAAACAUCCACUUGACAAGGACUUUGUUCUAAGACUAUCUGGAUUGAACAAGAAUGUUUACCAGAUCCAUUUGAAAGCCAUGGAGAGUAUCCUUGGCCUACAUUCUCAACUGGGAAUUCGAGACCUGGCAGUUCAGUAUGGCUGCACAGACGCAGUGGCUGCAUCAGUCAAGAUUCUGCAGAGAUAUGAAGCCAGUCUGUCAGAAGCACAGCAAGGUGAUCUUGAUUUCUCAAAGCCUCUCUUCACCACCGCAGCUUUAUUUACUGCGUGCAAAUGCAUGAAAAUAAAGAUUGAUAAGUCCAAGCUCGUUGCCUCAUCUGGUGUCAAGAAGACUAUCUUUGACCGACUCUGCUCUCAAAUGGAAAUGUUUGGACAGCUUAUUUGCAAGGAAUCUACUGAACAACCUAAACAGAACAAGAGGCAGAGGACAUUGCUGGAAUUAUUAGAAAAGGAGGAAGCAGAUGAAGAGAUUGCAACAGAACCCAAACAUGAAAAGCCUGAAUCUAAAGCAACAAAGGAACAGGAUUAUGAAGACUGGAAAAGACGAAUUCUAGAAAAUGCAGCCAAAGUCAAGCAGAUGAAUUCUUAAUUCAUCCCUUUAGUAUGGUUUUCUUAUUAAAAAUAAAACUGCAACACUCACUCGAUUAAUGGGAUAUACCUUACUGGUUCAGAAGAGAAAGAUGUAUUGAAUUUCAAGGGCCACACCUGUUGAAGUAUUGAUUUAUUGUACAUGAGAACAUGUUGAUUUUGUUUGUAGGAGCCUAGCUUUCAAACUUUGACCUCCAUGAUAUGUGUAUCUCAGUCUGUAAAUGUGAAGCCUGACUUUGGUUACAUAGACCAGUAGGAUACAUAACUUAAAUGAACUUUACAACUAACAUUGGUUUUACUACCCUCCCCAGCCUACCACAGGCAUGAGAAAUUUAUGGCUA